AUGGGAAUCAAUGAAACGAAAUAUUUCCCAAAUCAAAGAGCUGGCAGAUAUCUCUUAUGUUCAACAAAGCCAUGCGAUCGACCUACAUCCUUAUCAUCGUCCCACUGAUCAUCAUUGGAGGCGGUGUCGUCGCUGACAACACAAAUGAGACGCCUGUUCUCGCGCAUUCCUCCGAUGAGCAACCUCAUCAAAGAUUGACAUACUACAACUGGGACCACAAGGAUCUUGGCACCAGCGCAUUCGAGGAUCUUCCACCGCUUCAAGAUCAGCCGACACCCCUUCCAAUCGAUCAAUCCGAUCGUUGCCCGGAUGGCUGGUUGAGAUAUUCGGACUCGUGCUACUUCAUCGAAACAGAAUCACUUGGAUUCGCAAAAGCCGAACGAAAGUGCCACGAUAAGCAGGCGACACUAUUCGUUGCCAACUCGAUGGAAGAAUGGGAUGCUGUUCGCGAUCACGCUGAAAAGUCAGUCUUGUCAUGGAUCGGUCUCGUUAGAUUCUCACAUUACGAAAGAUUGGAGCAGUUGCCAAGAUGGCAAACUACUGGAUCCAUUAAUCCAUCUAAGAUCAACUGGCUCAUCAAACCGUUCAAACCAGUCGUCAAUGGAUGGUCAUCGUAUGCCAACUGUGCUGCAAGCUUCCAGUCUCCAACCGAAGUCGAAUCUGCUUCGUACACCUUCUUCUAUCCGUGCACUAUGGCGUUCAAAUCAAUCUGCGAACGCAAUUCAACCAUUCUCAACGCUAGAAAUUAAUCUAAAAUAUGUUCGAAACUGCUCACAUAUCUCUUACAUUAAGAAUUAUUUUGUACUACUUAUUUUAAAAAUUUCUUCUCACAAUAUAAAUGAUUAUCAUUGU